UCACCCCCGGUUCUCCUUCCGCCUCUGACACCGUGAACGCUUUCUCACUUCGCCCGGUCACCUCGUCCCUUUUGCCCGUCAUGGAUUUCUCCAUCCGCGCCGCCAACGUGGAGGACUGCAAGGACAUCGCGCGCAUGAUCAUGGAAUUGGCUGAGUUUGAGAAAGUAACGGACCAUGUGAAAGUGACUCAGAGAGACUUGGAGCAGGAUGGUUUCUCCAAGAACCCGUUCUUCCACGGGAUCGUUGCUGAGGUCCCAGAGCAGCAGAAAACCACAGAAGGUCACAUGAAGAUCGGCUACGCACUUUACUUCUACUCCUACAGCUCGUGGUCGGGCCGAGCCGUCUACAUGGAGGACUUGUACGUGAUGCCAGAGUUCAGAGGGAAGGGCAUUGGGAAAGCACUGAUGAGCAAGGUAGCACAGCUGGGCCUGGCCGCCGGCUGCAACCAGCUCAACUUCACCGUUCUGAACUGGAACAAGUCCUCGGUGGACUUUUACCUGAGCCAGGGCUGUUACGACCUGACGGAUAAGAUGGGCUACCACUGCAUGCGCUGCGAGGGAGAGGCCCUGGAGCACCUGGCCCAACCCUAACACGACCUCUCGACCUCGGUAAACCAUGAGCUCCACCUACACAGUGCAGGGAAACAGACUCAGACAAAAAAAGUUGCUAAGCUCCAGCACGUUCAAUUAAUUUCUACCGAUACUAAAUCCCCGGCUUGAUUGAAAAUCCUGAUUAUUACCGAUUUUUUUUUUAUGAUCGAGCCUUGCAAAAAAUAUGCACAUCUCGGCUGCACACAGGAUUUAAUGCUAAAAGCUGAGGGAGUGUUCAAAUAUAGUUACACAACCUGUAGACUCACAAAAUAAACUACUGAAAUCCUCAGGCUACUUAGCUUAGCAAUGCUAAUGCAGGCAGUUUACGUUGGGGGAAGAUAAAACACACCGUUCAUAAGAUUAAUCAAUUGUCUUGUGAGGUUUUAUAUAUGCACAGAAUCACUAUUAUUAAAUCUUCACAAACAGUGUCCAGUAACCGCUGCUAGAAUCUGAUUGGCCGAUCGCUGUUUGCAGGAGGGGCUCAGCAAACACUUAAUUGGCUCAAGUAUUGGAAUGGGGCCUUUGCAAUACAUUUAAAUAGUUCAUAAUUGAGGGACCUUAAUCUGUGGUAUAUGUGGUAUUAGGUGUGUGUGUGUGUGUGUGUUUGUGUGUGUUGUGGGGGGGCGCCUGUAUUUGAAGGAUCAAGUAAAAAACAUCGUCAAUCCAGAAGUGAAAUAAUCGUUUGCACAGAGAUCCAGAUAAAAAACAGGAUGUGUGUUUUAUUGUAUGGCUGUUGAAAUAAAAAGUGGGUUUGUGGUUUCCUGUCAUGAUUAACGAUGACAACCGAUGACAACCCCCCCCCCCACUGUAGAGCUGUUGUGAUACAAGUGUCGGCAUUUUGCACUGUUCUCUUCCAUGUUUAAGCCGUGUACAUAGACGGAUGUGAGGGUAAUCAAAGUGUGCACUGAAGGAAUCAGUGGGGAUUGAACCUAAAACCUCCCUCCACGCUGCCAGACAGCAAACUCUGGCGGAAUCUGAAAAACAAAAAAGGAAAAUCUUGGACUGGGCUCGGAGUGCGUCCUUAAACCUGUCCGGCUCAAAUGAAAGUGGCACCACUCUGGGCUGCACUUCUGUUUUAUAUCCAGUGUGUUUAAGAAAAACACAAAGAGGACUUCUUGUAUCAUUUCCAGCCAUUUACUGAAAACACUCAGCGUUAUAUUUAGUUUGUUUUCUCUCACUCUAAACAAGUAAGAACCACUAACCCUCCUCUUUUGCAGCUUUUGCAAUUUGCAUUUAUUUUCAUUCUUUUGUUUACGAAAUAAUUGAGCGAGGAAUGUGAAGCUGUUUUUCUCCAUCCUCGGGACAUUGUGUGGUCAAAUAGUCGCGUGGUUGUUUGCUUCGGAGUCGAGACGUCAACGUGGAAGAGUGUGUUUGGUGCAUUGUCAUCCGUGUUGUUACAGAGUUACACAAAGAUCGAUAGAGUCCAGGGGAAGAUGAAGAAGAGAUAUUUAAAUUUUCUCACAAGUACGAGCCAGAGCUACAAACUAUACAACGUGUGACUCAUGUUUCCACACAAUUUCAAAUAUUUCCAAAAUAAAGUCUAGGUUCAACCCUGAUUCCUUUCAAAUCCACUGAGAACUCAGCAAUAAAUCAACUUAAAUGUGCAACGUGAAGAUUUUAGGGAGCAGGGUGUGAUUCUCACAAUCAGUACGCGUAGAUAAAAGCAACAAUGUUGAUGUCUUAAGGUUGUUUCCUCAACUUUGGUGCUGUGGAGCCUAAAUGUGUGUGAUACCCAGUGUGCCACAUGUUCAUGUUCAUGUGAUGAGUUAGUAAGUGUGUCUUCAAAUGUCACCUGCGGUCAUUACUUUUUUAUAUGUGUGGGACGUUGUCUCUGGAACGGUAGCAUUUACGUAGCAUUUAGCUCUACCAGAAAUCCUUACUCUAUAAAUGCAAUCGCAAAUACCAAAAGCCAUAUUAGCUUUAGCCUAGAGAACCUGCAUGGAAUUCAAAUGUUGGUUUCAGAAAAACAUAUUUUAGGCUAAAAACACAGGUUGUGUUUGAUUUUUUAUUUGUUUGAUUGGUUCAGCAGCAGAGGAAUAAAACCUGUGAGAGUUAAAUAAAAUCUGUUGUGUGAAAAUAUAAAA